UUUAGUUUUCACCAUUUUGUACGCAUAUAGGAUACACAAACAAAGGGGAAGGGGAAAAAUACCGAGAGGGUAUUUAAUUGUGUUGUGUUUGAGAGGGAUCUUUCUUCUUUAUACUGAUAUUCAGAUCUCUCUCUUUUACGAUUCUUCGCAUCAGCCAUGGGUAUCUGGGAAGCUUUUCUCAAUUGGCUUCGAAGCCUCUUCUUUAAGCAGGAAAUGGAGCUUUCAUUGAUAGGAUUGCAAAAUGCAGGAAAAACAUCUCUUGUAAAUGUUAUUGCAACUGGUGGAUACAGUGAAGACAUGAUACCAACUGUGGGAUUUAACAUGCGCAAAGUGACGAAAGGAAAUGUCACUAUAAAAUUGUGGGACCUUGGAGGUCAACCCAGAUUCCGCAGUAUGUGGGAGAGAUACUGUCGUGCUGUUUCUGCUAUAGUUUAUGUUGUUGAUGCUGCUGAUCCUGAUAACCUCAGCAUAUCAAGUAGUGAACUCCAUGACCUGCUGAGCAAGCCAUCUCUGAGUGGUAUUCCAUUGCUGGUGCUGGGAAACAAAAUUGACAAGCCUGAUUCCCUGUCCAAACAGGCUUUGACUGACCAGAUGGGAUUGAAAUCAAUAACUGAUAGAGAAGUGUGCUGCUAUAUGAUCUCGUGCAAGAAUUCCACCAAUAUUGACUCAGUCAUUGAUUGGCUUGUUAAGCACUCGAAAUCAAAGAGCUAAUGAUGACUAUAACUUUUUUUUUUUGUAGUGGUGCUGAUUUGUAUGAUAAAUUUGCGAGGCUAUUGGUUUUUUCUGCUGGUUUCUCCAGAGUUCUCUUGUACUGUAAAUUAAGUUAUUUUGUCUAUUGAGUGAGUUGUUACAUGUUUUUUUUCUUCUUUUUCUUGCCAUUUUUCGUCUCAACUCUCUCUAAUUGUGUUUGCAAUUCCUCUUAUACUUUUUACUGGUCUGCUGCACGACUUUGUGUGAAA